GAUUAAUCUCUUUCAUGAUAAUGACUGUUUCAACAGACUGUAUGGACGAAGAAUUGAAGAGUUUCCAGAGAAACAAGUCAUUGAUACCCUUGCAUUACCUGAAUUCAAAGGUAUUUACUUUGAAUUAUACCAAUAUUUCUAGGGACUACCACCAACAAUACAGUUCGAUUUAUUACAAGAGAUUGCAGUCGUUAAGAGAGAGAGUAUUGAAAACAGCGAAAGAAAAAUGGAAUAAUAAAGUGAUACAGAAUAUUCAAAUUAAACAUGUUGAAAAAGUUUUGGAUAUUCCAAAGGAGAAACCAUGCUGGGUGAUUGGGUUAACUUAUUGUGAGAUGGAAUAUAAACCAAAUGUUUUACAAGAGGUAGCAAUUGGAGUCUAUGGGAUUCCACCACCUCCAAAGCCAACUUAUAGCAAUCCAGAUAAGGAUGUGUUGAUUUUGGAAGAUGAAAGUGGAAGAGUUGUAUUGGAUUUAUCUGAUGACAAAUUUAAUGAUUUGGUAUUUGUAACUGGAUGCGUAAUCGGAGUGUUGGGAAUUCAGGUCGAUAUAGGUUUGUUUAAAAUCAUCGAUAUUAUAUUCCCAAGUUUCCCGAUUCAAAGAAAGAUCAAUUUAUUAGUACCUUCUAGUGAUAUUGUAAAUAAUGAUAAUAAUAAAAUUGCUAUAAUUUCUGGGUUGGAAAUUGAUUUAGAUGAGUUUGAUAUAAUUAAAAUGGAAAUAUUGAAAGAAUAUUUAUUGGGAUAUUUAGGUAAUGCCAAUCAAAUCAAAAAUAUUACUAAAUUGAUCAUUGCAGGAAAUUCCACCAAGACAUUAGAUCAAGAUAGUGAAUUAAGAAAAGAUAAUGAUAGAUUUAAAUAUGGAACUAAGGCUAAAUCGAAUUAUAAUUCAAAGGCAAUGAAUAUUUUGGAUGAAUUUUUGAGUGAGAUUUUGACUAGUCUACCAAUUGAUAUAAUGCCUGGGGAGUUUGAUCCAACAGAGGUGAGUUUACCACAACAAAGUUUACACAAGAUUUUUUUCAAUAAAUCCAAGAAGUAUAUUAAAACUGGGGAUUUAAGAUUAUUGACAAAUCCAGCAUGGUUUGAAAUUGAUAAUUUGAGAAUUUUGGGUACAAGUGGACAAAAUAUCAAUGAUAUAUUAAAAUACAAUAUACCAGUGAACAAAAUUGAAAAUAGUGAAAAUGGUGAAAAUAAUAAAAAUGUAUUUGAAGAUAAUUAUCAAUUGAGAAAAAAGUAUAUUAAAUCAACGUUAUAUUGGUCAAAUAUAAUACCAACGGCACCGGAUACAUUGUCAUGUUAUCCCUAUUUUGAGAAGGAUCCAUUUACAUUGAAUGAGACUCCACAUGUAUACUUUAUUGGAAACCAACCAGAAUAUGGGUCUGAGUUUGUUAAAUUAAAGGAUGAUAUACAAGAGAUUGGAUAUUCAAAUGAGGUUGAAAUGACUGAGAGUUUUAAUGAAGAAGAUCAGGAUGAAUUAAUGAUGGAAGUUGACAAGAAUAGAAUUGAAAACGGAUCAAACAAUGAAUCAAACAGGGAGAAUAUAGUCCGUAUUAUAUCUGUUCCCAAGUUUAAAGCAAGUGGAGAGAUUGUUUUAUUGGAUACAAAGACAUUAGAAACUGAGAUCAUUCGGAUUAGUUAGUGCUGAUAAAUACACGGUUUGUGUAGAUGUGUAUAUCAGAUCAUGAAUUGAUAAUGUGAAUGACAGGAAAAAGUGAGAUAUUAGAGGGAGAUGGAAAUGAGAGAUUAUGGACAAAGAUGUGCAGUUGUGAAUGUGAGUGUGAGUGUGAGUGUGAUUGUGAUGAUGUUGAUAUAUAUUACGAUAAAAGAUAUUAUUUGGUAGGUGUAUAUAAGGUGUGUGGGUUUUGAAAUUACAGGCAAAUAAGUUACACGAACUAAAACUUGGUUUAUAUGAAAAUAAGCCCAAUCAAAUGAAAUCAAACUGAAUUAAAAAUGAAUUAAAAUAAAAUUAAAACAAAAUAAAACAAAUUAGUAUAGGAUAAUAAAAGAUACAUAAAACAAAGUUAAAUAUAGAAAAAUAAGUAGGCAAAAAAAAGGAAAAAGGAAAAAUGUAAGGAAAAAAAUAAGAAAC